AUGGUAAGACGAUUAAGACCAGUUACAACUUUCCAUCGGAGUACACAGAUUGCUAAAUCCAGAAAUGUGGAGAUGAUGCGUGCAGCGAUGUUUAGCGGUGAGCGAAUAAACUUCACUGAAAACCGUGCUGUGCUACAUAUUGCACUACGAAACAGAAGUAACACACCGAUUUCUGUUAACGGAAAAGAUGUGAUGCCUGGCGUGAACACUGUUUUGAAUCACAUGAAAGAGUUUUGCCACCAAAUUAUCAGUGGGGAAUGGAGCGGCUACACGGGGAAGAAAAUUGCAGACGUUGUGAACAUUGGUAUCGGUGGUUCAGAUCUUGGUCCAUUGAUGGUCUGCGAAGCAUUGCGUCAUUAUCAAAUUGGACCCAACGUUCACUUUGUGAGCAAUGUUGAUGGAACUCACAUCGCGGAGGUCACUAAAAAGCUUAAUCCCGAAACGACAUUGUUUAUCAUUGCUUCGAAGACUUUCACCACUCAGGAAACUAUAACAAAUGCCGAAACUGCUAAAGAAUGGCAGGGGACAAGUCCGCUGUUGCCAAACAUUUUGUGGCUCUAUCGACUAAUGUCCCAAAAGCGCAAGAAUUUGUGGGUAGGCGGAAGAUAUUCAUUGUGGUCUGCUAUCGGUCUGUCAAUUGCUGUUCACAUUGGUUUCGAGAACUUUGAGAAACUUUUGGAGGGAGCUCAUGCAGCGGACCAGCACUUUGUUCAGCAGCCACUUGAGCAUAAUAUACCUGUUAUCAUGGCUAUGUUAGGAGUGCUAUAUGGUAACAUUUAUGGCGCUGAGACGCAUGCCUUGCUCCCGUAUGACCAAUACCUUCACCGCUUCGCCGCUUAUUUCCAGCAAGGUGAUAUGGAAAGCAACGGGAAAUUUGUGACA